GUCUACGUGUAGAGUGUAGAAGAUGUAUUUGUUCCGGUGAUUUCGUAAAUAAAAGUAAUCCGUGGCUCGAUUAGUUUUGGCAAAUUUGAUGAAAAACAGUAAUAAUUAUGUAUCUUCUUUGUAAAGUACUUGUGCUUUCGUUCGUAGUUGGGGCGUUUACCGACGAACACAAUCACAUCUAUGAAGAUAAUGAAGAGGUAGUACUAUGGAUGAAUACUGUUGGACCCUACCAUAAUAGGCAAGAGACAUAUGCAUACUUUUCUCUACCUUUUUGUAUUGGAUCCAAAGAUACUAUCAGCCAUUACCAUGAAACACUAAGUGAGGCACUCCAAGGGGUAGAACUUGAAUUCAGUGGAAUAGAAAUUGAAUUUAAAAUUAAUAUGUCUAGAGGAGAUUACUGUGCUGUACAACUUGAUGAAGAAAAAUACAAAGCAUUUGUAUAUGCAGUGAAAAAUCAUUAUUGGUACCAGAUGUACAUUGAUGACCUGCCCAUAUGGGGUGUAGUUGGAGAAAUGAAGGACAACAGCUACUAUAUUUGGACUCACAAGAAGUUUGAAAUUGGUUACAAUGGCAAACAAAUUAUCGACGUUAAUCUUACAUCAGAAGAAAAAGUUGAAUUGAAACCCACUACUCAGUUAAAGUUUACGUAUGAGGUUAUUUGGAAAAAAACAAAUAUUAAGUUUGAAGAUAGAUUUGACAAGUAUUUGGACCAUAAUUUCUUUCAACAUAGGAUUCAUUGGUUCAGCAUAUUUAACAGCUUCAUGAUGGUAAUAUUCUUAGUAGGGUUGGUAUCGAUGAUCCUUAUGAGAACACUUAGGAAAGAUUAUGCCAGAUACAGCAAGGAUGAAGACAUAGAUGACAUGAUAUUGAAGAAGAUAAAGAUUAUUCUGGACUGGUUGAUGCGUCACAUGGAAAUGCUGGAACGUGAUUUGGGAGACGAAUAUGGUUGGAAACAAGUACACGGGGAUGUUUUCCGUCCAGCGUCACAUUCUCUAUUCUUUUCUGCUUUGAUUGGUGCAGGCCAUCAAUUGACCACUGUUGUAUUUAGCGUUAUUGUAUUCGCCAUAAUGGGAGAACUGUACACAGAGCGAGGAUCUUUAUUAUCAACGUCGAUCUUUGUAUAUGCAGUUACAUCGCCAAUAAAUGGAUAUUUUGGUGGAUCUCUAUAUGCUAGGAUGGGCGGAAAGGUGUGGAUUAGACAAAUGAUCGUCUCAGCUUUCAUGCUACCAGCUUUCGUAUGCGGUACUGCCUUCUUCAUCAACUUUAUCGCCAUUUAUUAUCAUGCUUCUAGAGCCAUACCGUUUGGUACGAUGGUGGCUGUGACAUGUAUCUGCUUGUUCGUAAUUCUACCACUUACCCUAGUGGGCACAGUUUUGGGAAGAAAUUUGGCCGGUCAACCAGACUAUCCUUGUCGUAUUAACGCUGUGCCGAGACCCAUUCCGGAGAAGAAGUGGUUUAUGGAACCAGGCGUUAUCAUUCUACUCGGAGGUGUAUUGCCGUUUGCCAGUAUCUUCAUAGAAAUGUACUUCAUCUUCACGUCUUUCUGGGCCUACAAAAUAUACUAUGUAUAUGGUUUUAUGCUGUUAGUUUUCAUUAUAUUAAUGAUUGUAACAGUUUGUGUAACCAUUGUUUGCACUUACUUCCUUCUUAAUGCUGAAGACUAUCGCUGGCAAUGGACUUCUUUCCUGGCUGCUGCCUCUACGUCCGCUUAUGUUUAUGUAUACGCCAUAUACUACUUCUUCUUCAAAACUAAGAUGUAUGGGCUGUUCCAGACAACCUUCUACUUUGGUUACAUGGCGCUCUUCAGUGGAGCUCUGGGCAUUAUGUGUGGUACUGUAGGAUACAUAGGAACGAGUAUAUUUGUAAGGAAAAUAUACUCUAUUGUUAAAAUUGACUGAUGUUGUUGUGACCAUUUUUGUAAAUAGGUGCAUUUUUCGUUAUUCAACUGUUACAAUGUCUUUCACAUUAAACGAUGUUUUUACUUUUAUUUGAGAAUAAAGUUCCUGUAAAUGUUACGAUUCUUCAAUUAAAGUGUAGUUCAGUGUAUGAUAGGUUAAGUUUUUUAUCGCAUAUAAAACUGUGUAGAGUAUCAGUAAAUAUUGUGUUGAAUGUAAACUUUGACCUUUAUAUAGUCCAUCAGAUACCAUACGAAACGAGUAAGUAGAGGCUAGUGAUUUUCAGAUCAUUUGGGGGAACUUUGUAUCCAUAAUUUUCAUAUCUUUUUUUAUUGUGAAAGACAUUCACUUACAGCGAGUAUGCUAUCCAAAAAUAAUUUAUGACAGUAGGGGAUCUGUCAUUUCCUAUGUCAUUGAAUAAUUUUAAACGAGGCAAAAAUAAAUAAAAACAAUAUAAAUGAUUAUUGUAAAUUAAUAAUUUCCUUUAUUGUUAGAUUUAUAAUCUGAAACUGUUUUCGUGUGGCAUGUCCAAGUUAAAUAUUAGGUGUAUAUAUGAGAUUAAGCCACAAUUAAGUAUAAUGAAAGUUACAUUGUGUAUUGUUACUUGACAUUUCGAGUUACACUUCAGAAAUCACUUUCAAAAACGAUAUCUUCAGUGGAUUUAGAAACGUCAACUAAACUAACUAUUAUAAAAUGUAAUUCUUAUUGUAGCUUAAUCCCGUAUAAACAUAAUAUUUAACUUAGAUUUAUAUAUUUUGAUCUCAUAUUUUACACAUCUAUGUAUAAUAGACAAAAAUAUAAAUGUGGAAAUCAUUGUGGACUGCGGUAACAAACUGCCCAUAACAAAUGAAGGAAAAAAUUCACAAUAAAAAAUAUUUAAAUGUUUGUUGGCAAAAACAUUUUAACGUAACUAACGCCAUAUUACCAUGACUAGGCAUUGGUUUUAGGAAAAAAAUGGCGUCGAUAAUUAUUCUGCUAGAAAUGAAGAAAUAAUUAGUGGGAGAAGUAGCUAUCGCUGAAAACGCUUUACCAUUCUAAAAAUAUUCAAUACAGAAUGCUAUCUCAAGUGUUACAAUACUGCUUCAUAAUAUUUUUUGGUAAUACAAGCCAAAAUUUGUAAUACAGUUAAAACUGAAGGCCACACGGCGAGAGAAAGAACACCAAAUGCAUUGCAUUAUGUGGAAGCAAGUAGUAGCAGUGUUAACUAGAAUUUCGGAGAUAUCGCAGAUUGUUGAGAAUUAAUAAUAAUAGAAUAAAAUAACAAAUAUAAAUGAUCAUAAAGGUUUUAUAAGGUUUUCGUUUUCGGUUGUAUAUAAGGUCAAUGCUGGCAUGAUUACCGUAAUUUCUGAUGUUAUGUUUUAAUUGUCGAAUUCUUCUCGUAUUUAUUACUAUUCAGGUAUCUCAAAAGAAAAUAAAGAUAACUGAGAUCCAGACUCAUGAGAGGCCCGUAAGUGGUGCUUCUAAGAGAAAUCACUUCAUUUCGGAAAUCAGAAGUAUGAAAAGUGGUAGCGUCUUGUUGGAACCAUGUUCUUGAUCUGUAUGCUUAAAACUGUUGGGACAAAAGUGUUCGCUUGAGUUGAUUUUCGUGGAAAUACAGACUGAUGAGGACUUUUAUACGGAAAUUGCAGCCGAGAAUAUGACCAUUGAGUUACGAAGUGGUCGCUCUGUUUUGGACUCUCUUAUAAAUUAAUAAUUAUUAAUAAUUCUGCUUUAUGAUGAGUCCGUUCUAAUGAAAGUUGGCUUGGUGGUUAAACAGAGUGUUGUCAAAAUUAGUGAACCUAUGUAGCAUUUAUUUACAAAUCUUAGUCGACUAGCAUCCUUGAGUUUUUGAACUAACAUGCUCUUAGAUGUAAGUCUUCCUUCAAAAUUAACCACAAAGUCGGUUUUUUAAUAUCGUUCUUAAUGACGAAUUUUAGUUACAGAAAAGCUUUAUCGGACCAUGGAAGACCUAAGUUUUUAACUGUUACAGUUGAGCCGGUGUUCUUUUUAGUACUUAUCGCCACUUGGCGCAUUGUGAGAAAGAUAUGCAUGAUACAAACGCCAAGUGUGAACUGUGAAAUCACCGUUUCUCGGUUUAACUACAUAGUUCCUUGCUAAUGAAUCGUCAGGAAUUAGUACCCAGUGCUGUCCAUAUCCAGUGACUCUGCACCGUGUAGCAACAUGAAUUCAAAAAUACAACACUGUUACUCCUUUUGAAUACCGAAAGAAUCAUUUUUGUACCAAAACUUUACCUGUACGAACUAAAAUUUAAUUGAAACAAUAUGCAAAAUAUACAUAGAUUUCUUGUAAUCAACAAAAAUUCAAUUUAUGUUGAAAUAUUAUACCUAAUAUUAACUAUUAACUAUUUAAACUUUUUGGUAACCUUCUUUGAUUAUUUAUAAAAUAAAGACUCACCUAUCAGUAAAAUAAAUAAAAAAAUUACACCUUUGUAAAUUGCGGAUGUAUUAAUCCAGUGAAUCAAAUGGCAUUUGAUUUGACAGAUCAUCAGUUUUCCUAGUAACCAUAUCCCAUUUAAACACCUUUCAGUAAUACGUGAAAGAAAUUUUUGUACAUUUUAACUUUUUUUUAUAUUGUUCUUACUUUAAGAAGGCCUAUAUUUACAAAAUCUGUAAUACUUUCUAAAUUUACUUGUUUCUUUAGAAUUUAAAGUGUGUACGUCAUUCUACUAGUAUACUAAGUGACACAUCACUAAUUUAUAUCUAAGUCACGCUCGUUGCUAACACGCUUUUCCAUAUUUUAUUGUACUUAAUUGACAAAUCUAUCUAGAUUUAUUUUUAGUUUGUUCAUAGGUCGUUGCAAACUAUAAGACUGGAAUUUCUAACUUUGCAAAUAGACAGUGUUGGUAAAAAUUCAUAUGAAAUGCUAAAUUGGUCUUACAAUGCCUCACGCAUGUCAUCAUGGUUAACCGUGGAGAUGGAUAAUGAUCAAGAGUUGUGUUAAAAUAAUUCUUACUAAAAUGCAUGUGUGUAUUUAAGAUGUGAUCAUUAAUUAAAAUAAUAGUAAAUGUCUUGAAAUAUUGAUAGUAUUUUUGUAAUUGAAUGAAAUCGGAGGUUUCAACGGCCAGAAUUUGAAUUAAUCGUCUUCUGGGUUUACAGUUACCUAUAUGUAGAUCCAUCUCGAUCUUUUGACACACGAUAUAUACCUUACAAGGGAUGAAGUAUAAUAUAAUGUUACGGGAGGAAACACAUUGGAAAAUUUCUUGGGUUGAAAGAAGUGGUCAUUUUUGCGAAGAAUUUUUGUAUUUAUAUAAUACUUAAUCUAUGUAAUUAAUCAAUAACGACUGUGUACCAAAUUAAAAAUUAGUGACAAAUAAGAAACAUAUUGACGACGAUUUAAUUAUUGAAUGUAAGUAGAAUUCACUCAUGUAGAAUCGAUCUCUAAUUCAAUAGCGUAUUUAAUAUAUUGUGAUGGUUUUUCUUUCUUAUAUUUUACAACGACCUAUAUGUACUAUGGUAUCUAAGUUUUCUAGUCAAUUUGGCCGAUUUGGCGACAUGAACGGCUUAAGUGUCAGUUUUAUAAGCCAACGUGUAAAAACAUCUAAAUAAAUAACGUAUGACAGCUUAUAUGUUAUGUGGUCAGUUUCAAUCAAGUAUUCAUCGCUUUUAUUUUUUUAUUUUUUUUUCUUUUUGUUAUGUGUCUUACAAAAGGAAAGUGGAUCUUUUAUCUGGAUUGUCAGCUUUCCCCAGGAAAAUAUAACUUGAAGAAUUACAUGGAAGGCCCACAUUACUUUAUUGCAAAAAGUUUGUACUUGCAAAAAAAUCAGGAUUCUUUAACGAAUAAAUUAGUACAUAUAAAAGUUAGAUCAUUUACUUCCUUCAGUCAUUUUUCUUCACAUUUGACAUUCUUCACAGUGAAAACUUGUGUAAUACUUCUACACAUAUUGUAAAUUGUUAAUCAGAUUGUUCUGGUAAUUGCUCUUUUACAAAAACUUCACAAUUUCAUUAUUGGAUUUAAGAAUUUGAGUAAUUUCAUUUCCAAGGUAGUCACCGUUUGAUCACACUUUAAUAGCGCCAGUGGAGUUUCCGGUUCUAAAAUAAUUGGUUUCUUAUCAAGUACAUGGAUUUUAUUCUUAAGAGAUUCCAUAUGUUUAAAAACUUGUGAGAAACAUUUAAAAUUACCGCAGGAUAAAUGAGGCUUAAAGCUUCGAUGAUCUUGCUUGUGAGUUUUAUUACAAUUUGAAAAAUAGUCUUUAUGUAGUAUUUAACAAUAAUAUUGCUUAUUCUUUCUAACGUCUGGUAGUACAACUUGCUGUAAAUUAAUUUUUACGUAAAACUUAAAAUAAAUUGCAUGCACGUGAAAAUAAUCACCAUCGAUUUAUUAUAUGAAAGCUAUAUUUAAAUUAGCGUUAUUCACUGAUUGGCUCUACCAGCAGCAAUAAUUAGAUUCGAACUAAAGUAGCUAUGCCACACUUGCCUUACCAUACAAAAUUCUUUAAAAUAGAGAUAUGAAAACUUCAGUUAAAUAGUAAUCCCAUGCUGAAAUUUUGGUUCUAUAAGAAAUAAAAUAGUCAUUAAAGAAACUUACACAAUAUGCUAUAUUUUAACCUAUAAAUACUGGUAAAAACUGACUGCUUUAACGAUACUAUUUCAUUAUUGUAGUUUUACUAAAUUGCACUUUAUGAGCUCCCACUCUUAAUAAUAUGACUGCUUACUAUUUCUAUUUUUACUGUCCUACUGUCAUCAUUUUGGUGAAUACUAUUUUAGUGCGCCAAUUGUUUGCAUGUUUUUUAUGUAAUUAUAUAAAUAACAAGUUUUUGGUAUAGUUUUUAUUCCCUGUGUAAAUAUUCAAAGUAUUUAUAAAUUUUAAACUAAGUUUGGCCAAUCAGAAUAAACAAAUCGAUUGCGGAGAAAGGUAUAGUGAUGGAUCUGUUUAUUUUUGAUGAUUUAUAUGAAAAGUUAUUAUUUUAGUUAAAUGUGAAAAUAAUUU